CAAGAGCUGAAAUCUGCCACUGUUAACUUCAGACCAGACAGUAUUCUCGGAGAAGGUGGAUUUGGGUAUGUGUUCAAGGGGUGGAUUGAGCCAAACAGUACAGCUCCUGCAAAACCUGGCACUGGUCUGACUGUAGCUGUCAAAAGUCUGAAGGAAAAUGCUCUUCAAGGUCAUAGAGAAUGGGUGGCGGAAGUUGACUUUCUGGGACAGCUGCAUCACAAACAUCUUGUUAAGCUGAUUGGAUACUGUAUUGAGGAUGACCAAAGGCUGCUUGUGUAUGAAUUCAUGGCACGGGGAAGUCUAGAAAAUCAUCUUUUCAGAAGGACUCUUCCCCUACCUUGGCCGUGCAGGAUGAAGGUUGUUCUUGGUGCUGCUAAAGGUCUAGCCUUCCUACAUGUUGGUCCCAAACCAGUUAUUUACAGGGAUUUUAAGACAUCAAAUAUUCUUAUCGAUGCGGAGUACAAUUCAAAACUUUCAGAUUUUGGGCUCGCAAAAGCUGGUCCCCAAGGUGAUAAAACCCAUGUCUCUACUCGAGUUCUUGGCACCUAUGGCUAUGCUGCGCCCGAGUAUGUAAUGACAGGCCACUUAACAACCAAGAGCGACGUAUAUAGCUUCGGAGUCGUGCUGCUGGAGGUGCUGACUGGCAGGAGAUCAGUGGACAAGAAGCGACCUCCAGGGGAGCAGAACCUCGUUGCAUGGGCGAGGCCGUAUCUGAGCGACCGGCGAAGGCUCUAUCAGCUCGUAGACCCUCGCCUGGGACUGAACUAUUCCGUCAGAGGUGUUCAGAAGGUUGCCCAGAUCUGCCACCACUGCCUCAACCGUGACAGCAAGUCGCGCCCGAUGAUGGACGAGGUUGUCAAGCAUCUGACGCCGCUGCAGGACCUUAACGACAUGGCCGCCGUGUCGUAUAGGCCCCGGUCAUCACCCCGUGGAAAGGCGCGGCGGUGAUUGCCAGUCUGACACGAGAAAAACGGCAUUUCUAUGAUUUCUUGGCAUUGUUGGAUGCUGGUCUUGUUUUAACUGUACAGAAAAAAAAAAGAUUGGGCUCCAUGUCCAACGAAAAUUGGAGCUCUGACACCCAUGUCUCGCUUAGAUCAAUCAGACUGUUUUUGCCUGUUGCCUGAGCGAAUCGAUGACAUUGUCUGAUUGUGAUAUGUUGUAAUAAUAAUGAGUUAAUAUC